UUUAAUUUCAUAAUUAUUUCUUUUCAAUAAAAAAAUUUCUUAUCUAAAUUAAAAAAUUUCUAAUAGAAAUAUUUGAUAUUAAGUUUAAAACGAUGAUAACUUUACUAAACAAAUUAUAAUUUAUUAACAAGUAAAACUUUAAAAAGGUAAAAAAAAAAAUGAAUUUUAAACAAAUAAUCUUUAUCACUAUUUAAUUACUCAUUUUAGUCAGUGCUGAUAUCUGUACUUUUUCUAUUAGUUAGCUUAAUAAUUAAGUAUUAAAGCUCAUAAACUAAAAAAAAUGUGAUUAAUGUUUCACUUCUGAUGUUAAGUUGACUAUUUAAUCUAACAAUUAGUAAAUCACCUCUCUAACUUUAACAGCUACCUCUAAUUUGAGUACAGUCACAUCUCUUGAUUUGUUACCAACCACCAAAUCUUUGACUUUAAACCAAAGCUUUAUGGUAGAAUCAUAUACUAAAGGAAUGAUUUCUUCUUUCAACUUUAUCGCUUAAUGCAAAACCCAAAUAGUUAAUGGAUUUGUUGUUUAAGAUUUGGUGUUUAAAGCUAUAUUAAAUGAAAAUACUCAAUAUUUUGAACUAAGCAACGUAACUAGUGGGACUAGCGCUAGUGGAACAAGCGGAACUAGUGGAACAAGCGGAACUAGCGGAACUGGUAGUAAUAGCUCAUCAACAAAAAUAAGCUUUGUAUUAUUUAUCCUUAGCUUAUAUUUGCUAUUUUGAUAAUCAUAAAAUUAGAAGCAAAUUAUUAAAAAACUAUUUAAAUUUUUUUAUAUUUAAAUUGUGUUUGUUUAUUGUUAGUAAAAACCCUUUAUGGUAAUUAAUUCAUCUCACUCAAAAC